CCUGUCACGUACAUAGACCUGUGCUAUGCGUCAUCAUAUAAUAUAGUUCUGUUGGAAUUUAACAGUCCUCCGGUAGGUAGGAGAAUAUAGAUUUCUUCUUUCCUGCGUUUUCUUGUUCCGCGAUGGGUGUGUGCGACUGGGUGUUCUUCUUGCCGACGUGGCUGUACGUCUUGCUGUUUGUAGCAGCUGCCUUAUACAUUUAUGGAGUAUGGCCUUACAAGACCACAAAAAUCCCAUACCCGGGUCCGAAGCCGUUACCUUUCAUUGGAAAUAUGAUGGACAUUUUUAGAGUAGGAGUACAGGAGGCAGAUCGUGAAAACGUGAAGAAAUACGGCCCUGUGUAUUUGAACUGGUUGGCUCGCACUCCAGAACUGAUGAUUUCCGACCCAGACAUGGUGAAAGAAAUUUUCAUCAAACAAUUCCCCAACUUCGUCAACAGGACAGUUGUGAGAGGGACGGUAUCGCUGUCAAAAAUAGAGAGUCAACAGCUUACUAUAUUGGAAGACGAUCACUGGAAGUUUGUUCGUGCCACUUUGACUCCGGCUUUUAGCUCCGGUAGACUCCGAGAGAUGGUCCCCAUCCUCCAAGGGUGUUUGAAUAACCUACAAGAUGUCAUCUUUGAGGGCUCCAAAGAAGGAAAGAGUGUAGAAAUGAAAAAGAUCUUCCAGAAUUUUACUAUGGAUGCUAUUGCUACCACAGCUUUUGGUAUAGACACGAACCUUCAAAAGAACUCAGAUGAUCCCUUUGCCAAGCUGUUGGAAACCAUGUUCCAAAAGAGAAUAUCCUUUCUCAUGUUCCUCAAUAUGAUGUUUCCACCAUUGACUUGGAUCAUGGAGUAUUUUGAGAUUAGUGCCAUGCCAAAAGAAACUCGAGAUGCCAUGGAUGCCAUUAUCCAAAAUAUCAGAAGUAACAUUUCAGAGCGGAAGGAGAAAAACAUUAAGAGGCGUGACUUACUUCAGUUGAUGAUGGAUGCUCAGAUUGAUGACCUUGAUCCCUCCGCCAUUGACACAAAAGUACUGGAGAACGACAUCCAGAAACAAAGGAAAGGCUUGACCGAAACUGAAAUAAUGGCUCAAUCCGUUGUGUUUCUGCUGGCUGGAUACGCAACUACGGCUGGAACCUUGGGCAUGCUAGCCCACUCGUUGGCGGUAAAUCCCGACUGCCAAGAAAAGCUAAUUGAGGAGAUUGACAGAGAAUUGAAAAACGAAAACCCUACGUAUGAGAAUGUAAUGAACCUGCAGUACCUGGACAUGUGCCUGUCAGAAGUACUGAGGAUAUAUCCUCCAGCUCAGAGGUUGACUCGGCACACAAAAGAGGACAUCGUUAUCAAAGGCCACCUCAUUCCCAAGAACACAAUCGCCAAUUUUCCCAUCUCGCAUUUCCACACGAACCCUGAAUGGUGGCCGGAACCAGAGAAGUUCAAACCGGAAAGAUUCACCCCCGAGGAGAAGGCUAACAGACACCCGUACGUCUACCUGCCGUUCGGCGCCGGCCCCAGAAAUUGUGUUGGCAUGAGACUAGCGCAGCUCGAAACGAAGAUGGCGAUCGUUGCGAUUCUACAGAAGUUCCGUUUUGUCAGGAGCGUGGAUACUGAGGUUCCACUCAAACUGGCUCUGACAGGCCUUAGUGAAACUGUCAACGGAAUUUGGCUGAAGAUGGAAUCAAGAAGAGAUAACUGAGAGAAGCACUCUGUCUACAGUAUAAUCAAUCAUGCUUGCUCUAUGGGAUAGGCUGAGGAGAUGGUGUCAUGGUUUUAAGGGAAAUAAAGAAAGUUAUGACAAAAAGUUUGGGGAAAAAUUCAUUUUUGAAUCUAUGUAUCUAUGCAUUUGUAUCCCUAUAAAGUAUACGUAUGAACGUUCUAGGUCAACAGUCGCAUAGCGAAUUUCCAAAGUAGGAAAUUAAGACCGAAGGGUGUAAGGAAGAGAAGUCAACAAUUUCCAAAGAUGUUGGAAAUGCACAUUGUAUGUUCUAGGCUAAUAAGUGAAAUCAGUAUUUAAAUCGUGUACAUUGCUGGUAUAGAAGUUAUAAAUAUAUAAUGAAAUAUGCAUCUCAGUUGUAAAUGAGUAUGGAAGUCCCAGAUGAAUAAUCGCAAGGUCAAUUCCCAAAUCGACGUACAACGCAAACUACUGAAGAAAUAAAAAAGUAUAUGAAGU